AAGUACGAGUCGGACGAGCUUGCAUCCGGCUCCGAAGAUGAAAAGCGUCUUAAGAAGGCAAGAGAAGCGCCGAGCCGCAAGAGACGUCAAAAGAAACAACUCUCUAGUGAUCGUGGAAAGAAACCAAGAAUUGCUUUGGGCGCUGAUAAUCAGCUUUUUCGUGGUAAGAAAAAGAGCCUCCUCUUUACUUUGUAUAUUCAUGUGUUUUGGAUCCGUUUGCGCAUCCUACCAUAUUUCUCGUGUGAUUUGUUUGCAUUACGGGAAUUAAUUUAAGGGUAAAAUGAUUUACGUUCGUUUGAGCGAAGCGAAUUAGAACGUAAAUGUAUUUUCCGCUGUUAUUCCAAGUAAUUAGUCGCAGUUGUUUUCGUUUCACACCUGCCGUACCCACUAUUGUGCAUUCUGUUUUACAUGGAUGUCCUGAUUGGCCAGUUAUUAGUACUUAUACUCUCCGCUGUCUCUUGAGUACCAUUAACGCUCGCGGUUCCAUACAGUUUAUUCAUCCCCCUCCCGUUUACUUCAGGUUUCGUCAUUGCUUUUAUCUUUCAGGCCGUAGAGACACUUCUGGCGACUUCUUUCGCUGUUUCAAAUGCGGCAAAUUUGGACAGACUGGGCCAAGGACUCUAGAUCCAUGUUCUGGCCGGCAGUUACCAGUCCCCUAGCUACAAUUCUUGCCCUGGAAGGGGGGAUUUGCAUAAUGGGGGUUUUGUUGUCAACGAAGACAAAUCGGUAUGGGAACCCACCCAAGUAUUGGACUGGUUGGGUGUAACCUGGAAUUCUUCACUGGGUACUUUAAAAAUUGUAGAAAGAAGAAUUGUUAAGAUCAUUAAUACAAUUGAUCAUAUUAUUGAAGCCGAUUUCAAAGUGUCUGCGAGAGAGAGUUGGCCUCCUUUACAGGUCAAAUUAUUUCUACCGGGCCUGUAGUUGGUAACAUUGGUAGGAUAAUGACCAGACAUUGUGUCUUGUCCACUUUGUGCAAAGAUAACUGGGAUUCUAUAUUCCGUCUCGACGAUUACUGCAAGGAAGAACUGUAAUUUUGGAAGGGAAAUGUGGUUGAUGUCAACACUAGGUAUUGCUUUGUAAGUAAAGAUCCUAGUUAUUUUGUAUAUUCGGAUGCCAGUGCUACCGGAGGUGGAGCAAUUAUUGACUUUAACAAUGAUUUGUGUACCAAAAAAUGUGGUCGGAGAACGAGAGAGUUCAAAGUUCCAGGUGGAGGGAGUUGUCUGUUAUUGAGUUUUCAUUGCAAUCAUUUGCCUCAGUGUUCACAGCAUGAAAAUGGAGAUUUACGCAAAAUUAAAGUUUGCGUAAACCUGCGUAAAGUUGGUCAUCCAACUUUACGCAAACUUUCCACGGCGCGUAAAGGUUUGUAAAGGUAAAUUUACGCGCUCGGCUCUUAAAGGUUUCGUAAAGCUAGCAUAAAGUUGUUGUAACAGCUUUACGCUCAUUUACGCUACAAGUAAAGGUUUAGUAAGGUUGUCAUAUAAUGCUAGCUUCCUAACAGCAAUUUAUUCCCGACACUGUUUUUAGUAAGUCGUUUGUGACCUGAUACUAGUUCGCAUAGUUUUUUUGAUCCCUCAUUUGCAAUUGGUGUUCGAUGUUGGUGUGCGAUGUAAACAAGCCAACCACGCAAAUUUUUUUUUUUGGUGCGAACGACUUCGUACACGCUUAAAAAUGACGCUGAAAAGAAAAUUCUGCUGGCAGAGUUCAUGCAAAAGAUAUAGCUUGCGACUGUGCGGCAAUUUUCGAAAAACAGCAUAUCUGUCGCGGCAAACACAAUAGCCUUCAAUACUCAGUAGUAUUCCCUCAUUGAUUUCAGUCAGUAUAAGGUGUUUCUUCCUUAACCGUCACCUCUCUACACGGGCCAUUUUUGUUUUGUUUUUUUUUUUCGGCGGACGGUCCAUACAUGACAUACAUUUACUUUCCUUUCAACCUCUCUACUAUGGCCACUUUCUUCGAUGUCCCUAAGGUGGGCGUUGUAGAGAGUUUCAACUGUAAUUUGAUCACGUUGAAAUAAUUGGAAAAUAAAGAAAAAAUAUCGCCUCGCAAAAACGGCGAGUUUUACUUAAAGAAAGAACGCAUUACUUAAAGAGAAAGAACGCAUUCACAAAUUACUGUGACCAUUUUACGUUCAACGGAAUACUGGCUUCAUUGUUGAGCCUCCUUUAUCGCUUCCUUAUUUUAAGUCCGCGGACUUCAGGUUUGGGAACGGACAAUUUGUUAAAAGAAAGGGGCCUGGAAACAAUAGAGUGAAGGGACACCUGGUCAGCGGGCUUGUUCCUUUGCACAUGCUCAAUCAGGUUCGUUGAUUUGGCGUCCAUUUUGAAAGUGUCCAACGGUUUCAAACUUGCUUCUUUGAAAGGUUGGAGAUCGUUCAUAUAUUAUGCUUCUUGAUAGCAUCACAGGACAUCUUAAGGUUGUUACAAUUUAUAAUGGCACUAUCAGCCUUUAGUAAUCGAUCACUUCUCAAGUGUGCAGCAACCCUUUCGGGACGAGAUACUCAGUCAGAAGUGGAGACAGAAACAUCGUGUGAAGCGCAAGCAUUAACACUGGAAUGUUCACAACACAGACCAAGACUGUAUUACACGUAUUACUAAGGCUCUUCGAUACUCAAGAUCUCGCUGAAAAGAGCAGAUAGUAAGGCAAGGUAAGUUGUCCUGGCUCGCCUUUUCUCUAACUUUUUAAGCUUAAUUCCAACUUGUUUAUGACGAGAGUGACUGUCUCAAGUACUCAGUAACUAACAUUUCAGUGAGCAAUGAAACCAGCAUUAACCGUUUAAAGUAAAUUAUAACUAAACAUGUGUAUUUAUUUGGCAUAACCUUUCAAUACUAAGCAAGCAACGAGACCAUGACGUUGAAGAUGAUAAUGUAAAAUCAUGUAAGGACUUUGGGGGUCUGAAGGAGUAGAAUUUCCUUGUUUUGUACUGGAAAAUAGGAGUUUGGUCUCUGGUACUGGGAAUUACUAAAAGAAAAUAAUGGAAUUAAGAAAGGACAUCUGUAUAAAGUAAGCUUACAUGUAAUGUGAUACAAACAUUCUUAUGAAAAUUUUCACAGACUAUAGAAGAACUAAUAGACAGAAUAGAAAAGUGUUAACAAGUGUUGAAUUUGCAAGUAGGCAAAGAUAAUCUACGUAGUCUGGUUCUAUAUUUUCAUGCGUCAGCCAAUAACAAACCCAAGCUUCCCAAUUCCCGGGGCAGUCAUAGCGUCAUAAGUGGUGAAUAAUUUAACAGCAUGCAUGUAUUUUUUGAAGCAGGUACAAAAGUUUAUUUUUGAUUUUAAAUUACGUGGGUUUUAACUUAAAUGAACAGAGAAUGAAUAGACAUUUUCAUGAGUCUUUCAAUGCAUAGCUAAUGCAGACCAUGAUUGAAUUAGAAUGUAUUUUCAUGUAAGUGCCAACAUAGUUGUUAACAUCUUCACAGUUUCAUACCUUCAUCUGCAGUUCAAAGUAUGAUUCAUUUCAUAUAUUACCAUUAAUUUUAAUCUUCAUUGUGCACUGCUCCUAUGCAAUUAUAUUGUGGUUCUUGAGAGGAUACAGUGCAGCACAUACUGUCAGGAAAUUGAAUGCCUUACUUUUUGGGAAGCAAAGCACACAGUCAUGUUAGAAACCAGAAAUUGUUCUAUUUGCAACAUAGUAGUAUCGUCGGUAAAUCUAGGUUUAAAGGAAAAUAAAAUUUAAAGAAACAAGUUGUGAAAGAUAAGACUCUUAAGAGAGUCAUAGCAGUCAUAGUGGUUUGGAUUCUCUUGUCUACAUACACCAUUAUUAAUCUGCAAAUACAACUGUCUCUCUUGUGAAAUGUCCCUGGUGGCAAGGAAAGAAAAUAGGCUGCUUUAUUUACAGGGUACACUGUACAUUAUUAUUAGGAGGCAUUGUUUUCAAGAUUGAGGAUAAGGGCUUUAAAUAGCAAAGUGGCUUCUCUCCUGUUACAUUAACUAGGAACCUUGAACGUUUCGUAUUAAAAAGGAAAAAAAAUAUAUUAGGUAAAGUUUCAGGAAAAUUUAAAACUUUUGGGAAUAAGGUGCUUAUAUGUUUCUAUAUUUUCCCUGAAAGUCUUUGGUGGAGCUCAUGAGAAGGCUAGGAAAGUUUAUUGAUUUGGAACUUUAGUCCGGGACAGGUAGAAAUUUAGUUCGAACAUGUAAACCUUUGAUAUGACUUGUCCGUGGGACAAGCACAUUUUUAAUUAGAAAAAUAAAAAUAAGAAACAGUUGCCUUAAAUAUUCCAUUUAACUUUGCCAUUCCACUGCCAGUUGUUUCAUCCAUUUGCUUUUUUACAAGCUCUGUUGUAGGUUUAAUUCAAAAAUAAUAUACAAGGGUAAUAAUGUGAUUAAAUAAUGUGAUUAAAAACAUUAAAUGCCCGUUGCAAGCUAAACUUUUUGGACAAGAACUCUAGGUUUCGGACAACCAAAUUUAAUGUAUUGCUUGUGUGAAGGACAAGUGGAUAGGAAAAUUUCUCUCUUACCAGGGUACAAAGAAGGUGAUUUUUAAAGCUUGCCAUUCGGGCAAGCUGAAGCUAGCAUAUACUAGCCCAAAUGUCAUUUCAACUAGCCCCCAAACCGUUUUGAUGAGCAGAAUUGAUUUCACAGUUCUUCUUUAAUUUGAAUUCCUCAAAAAAACUUCACUUGCCCAUCGGGCAAGUUAAGUUCAAAAUUCACUAGCUCGAUAGCAAAAUCCACUAGCCCCGGGGUAUCGGACACUACUUUCUUUGUGCACUGCUUACUCUCUAAUAAUAAUAACAAUGUACAUCCAGUGGUUUUUCAUAGCACUUUACAACGAUAUUAAUGGAUGAUACUUUUAUAAAAAUGCAUACAUUAAAAUAAAAAAAAGAUAUACAUUAUAAUAAACCAUUGUUAAUAAAUUUAACAUAUAUAUAUGUUUCAGUCUCCCCGACUAGUAAGGCACUGUGCCUGUGUUAUAAGACAUGAGACUUUAAUAAAGUUCAUUACUAUUAUUAUUAUUAUUAUUAUUAUUAUUAUUAUUAUUAUUAUUAUAGGGUUUCCAUGUAGCAUUUUCCCCUGAUUUUCACUCAACUGCAAGUAGGGUUCUAAAUGUAAAUAUUAUUGCCUUUAAGGAAAGCCUUUAACUCAUACUAGUCAAACAUUUUGAAUCUUUAACAGUCAGAUGAAUCUUAUUCAGUUGUGUGAAUUUGUGGACAUUGAAAUCAUUUGCUACUCAGGUUUUGCACUGUUAUUAGACCACUUGUGGAAAAUGCCUUAUCAUUUUUUUCAAAUUUUUAGUCUUGGUUUGUGAAAAGAGGCAUGUGGGGAACCCUGUGUCAAGUAAAAUUGUGCUAAUUGUAGUAAUUUGGCCGUGAGUGUAGGAAAAAAUGUUAUUAAUUAGUAAUAGCAGGCGGUGUCCUCUGGCAACUUAGGGGGUGUUUACAUGACACCGGGGCAACUUUUGCCCCGGAGCGAGUUCACUCCGGUUCCCUCUCAUAGCUCUACAUUUGUUACAUGAUACCACCACAAAAUGUCAUGCAGGUGCGAGUCACCCCAGCAUGAGUUCACCCCGGUUCUUGUACCGGGGCGAGAAUUUCACUCUGGUACAAAAUCUCAUGGCAGUAUCAUGUAAAUGCGAAACGACCACCCGUUUCAGCAUGAAAUCGGACUGCCGGUAGACUGGAAUGGGUAGCGCACGCGUAAUGUUUGCGAUUUUGAAUCACACUUGUAUUUUAUCAACAUGAAGUGUACCUUCAAAUAACGAGAUAUGAAAUGACUCAGUCAUAAUGUAAACCCAAUACAAAAUCAAAAAGUCAUCCCGGUAUGAGACUCGCGCCGGUGUGAGUUUUCUCAUGUAAACACCCCCUUACUGUACAUGUACUUGUGCCUUUAGUGCGCGAUUAAGUGUAUUAUCACUAGCCUACGAAUAAUCUGUGUAGUUUACUCAAAUAAUACUUGCUUUCUAUUUAUUCAGCAGAUCAGCCUGGUAUGGGAUGUUGGUGACAGAAAGUCCUCUCAAAGCAAACAGGAUUAAUACAUGUUAAUUACAAGCCUUAGUCUUGUAAAGUGGUUCCAGGGCUGUCACUAAGGGCCAUAAACCAGACUUUAACUCGGCUACUUUGAGCCCAAUACUUGGCUGUUUUUAGAGGAAAUGAAACUUUCCACAUUUUCAAUGUCCCGCUCACUAAUUUCACUUAAACCCUGCAACUUGCAAUCUUAGUGACAGCCUUGUGCAUCUAACUUUUACAUCAUCAGUUUAUGAAAAUGAUUUGUUAUUUGGAUUUUGUUGUUAAAUUUGACUGUAAACACUUCUGGGAGUGAAAGGGCUAAAUCAAGAAACCAUCAGUGUUAUACAUGUAUUAGGCUUUCAGUCUUUUUAUUUCUUAUCUAAAAUUGUUUAAGCUUUUAAUUUGAAUUAUGCUAAAUUAUACUAAAUAUUUUCAUUUUGAAAGAGACCAUUUUGACCCACCUUUACAUUAAUUUGUGUGUUAGAGUUGCUGUUUUUUAUCAAAAUUUAACUUCAUCAGUUUUCUUGUACACCCUGUACCUUACAUGUAAAUGCUAAUAAUUAUUUUAAACUAUAAAUCAUCUUAAUUUGGUAUAAUACUAAGUUAAGAUGAUUUUUUUGGAUAUUUUGAGAAGACUGUUUUGACCCAUUUGAAAAGUUUAUGUACACUGUAUCUUCUUAUUUAAACCUUACGUGUUGGAAAAUUUUUUUUUUUUAAUUUUUAAUGUAAUGACAAAGAUGCUAACACAGAAAUAAAUCAUGUUAUAUUUAGAAAAUUCAGGUUUAGAGUAUCAGUGUGUUUUGUUUUUUAAAACCUUGCAAUAUCACUCUUUGCGGGACUAAACUUAAAGAAUGCAAUUCGAUUUGCAGCUUUUGCAGUUACAACAAUGUAGCAUACCUGGCGAUUUUCAUGGGAUUUGAAAUGUAAAAAUAAAGAUAGGCAAUUUGAAAAUUGGUUAUGGUAAUGCAAAAUUGGAAACGGAAAGGGGCCCUAUUUUUUAAACUACUACUUAUUCAAAGUUCAUCUGCUGGUUAAACAAUAUAACUCCAUUAAAGCAAGUUAUAACUUAAUAGUAGGGAUGACUAAUGUCAGUUUGAAGUUGGGUUCUUAUUUUUCUAUAGGUCUAUUGGGUUUUCAACGCUUUAUAACUUUUCGUUUUUGUUGUCAGUUUUGAAGAAUAAAAACAAAAUUUCUGGCCUAAUCCUUUAACUGUGUGUUGAAGUGUUGUUACAUAUUAGGGUAUUUUAUUUUAUGUCGAAACUUGAAUUGAGGAUUACUCAUACAAUUAUUUGUAAUGUAUAUAUGAGUAAUCCUCCAUGACUAUGGAGAGACGAUGGGGAACCAAAGAAAACAACCGGUAUUAAGUACACAACAAAAAUCCAAUGUUUGUGUGGAAAAUUCAGAUAUUUGACAUGGACAAAAAUAAAAUCUUGAUUGUUAAAAGUUUGGUAAGAAAAAUUUACCGAUUACCAUUAUAUUUCCCUUUAUUUUUAAAGUUUCCAGUGUGUUUAUGUGUGUAUAUAUAUAUGGCGUAAAGGAGCUUGUAUUUUCGCUUUACGCAAGCUUAAAGUAGGGUUUACACAAGCUUUACUCAAAACGUAAAGGUGUUGCGUAAAGUUUUUGUUUCAUUACGCCAGCUUUAUAUGUACGCGUAAAGGUGCUGUAAAGCUGAACUUUACGUAGAGUAAAGGAAGCGUAAAGUUGCGUAAAAUUCAACUAUACGCUGACUUUACGUUGUCAUUACGCUCACGUAAAUUUGAUUUUUCAUGCUGUGGUUGGGAGGAUCACACGUUAAGUAGUUUACUCAUAGCCAAGAAGCUGCUAAGAUUGUUGAAGUGGGCAGCGUGA